CAUGAUUUGACAGCUGAGACGUGAGAGCUCAUCGGAACUUCUGAACAGUUUGGUUCACCGGUUCACAAGUCGAGCGUCGUCAUGUCUAUGAAAAUCCUAGUUGGCUGCAAGAGGGUUAUCGACUAUGCGGUCAAAAUCCGAGUGCGCCCCGACAAGAUGGGGGUGGUGACGGAGGGAGUGAAGCACUCGAUGAACCCGUUUGAUGAGAUCGCUGUCGAGGAGGCCAUCAGGAUGAAGGAGGCCAAGAAGGCCAGCGAAGUCAUUGCCGUACGCUGCUACUCUACUAUACAACAGGAGACGCUGCGUACGGCCCUGGCCAUGGGAGCCGACAGAGCCAUCCACGUGGAAGUCCCAGCCAAGGACUGCGAGAACCUUGGUCCAGCGCAGGUAAGCAAGGUGUUGGCUGCGCUGGCUCGCAGGGAAGGAGCGUCGCUGGUGCUGCUCGGCAAGCAGGCCAUCGACGACGACUCUAACGCUACGGCUCAGAUGACGGCAGCUCAUCUGGACUGGCCUCAGGCUACUUAUGCUUCUAAGGUCUCAUCUUGUGACGGUAAGCUGACAGUAACACGGGAGGUAGACGGGGGGCUGGAGACGGUCGAGGUGAGCCUGCCCGCCGUCGUCAGCGCCGACCUCCGCCUCAACGAACCGCGCUACGCCACCCUGCCCAACAUCAUGAAAGCUAAGAAGAAGAAGCUGGACAAGCUGAGCCUGGGUGACGUGGGCGUGGAGCUGCGGCAGCACCUGGCGGUGGUGGCGGUGAGCGACCCGCCCACGCGGCAGGCGGGGGUCACCGUCGACAGCGUCGACUCUUUGAUAGAGGCCCUCAGGCACGCCGGCAGGAUCUGAGGGACAGAUGGCGCCUGCAGUCCUGCUUGCUAUGUACAGUCACAAGGAACAGCAAAUUUUGUCUACGUCACUUUGAAAAAUAUUUAUUUUGCAACAUUGAAGUAGUAAAUUUCUGUAAGAAUAUCAUUUUACACUCAAAGAAAACAAUGAGACUUUGGCUAAAUAUCAAUACACUUUUUAGCCAUCCUGACCCAGUUUGAUCCGCGAAAAUGACGUAUCGGUGCUACGUGCAGAGUGUGUCACUAUUUAAACAGUAUGAAACAUUUAUUUCUUUCAGUGAAUAGUUGAAAAUAUUGAGCUUUUUCUUAACUAUUGCAUUUGUUUUGAGUUACGUUAAGACACCAUCACGAGAAAAAUUUAAAUUGAAUGAAUUGACAUUUUCUUUUGAAUUAAUUAUAAUUAGUUCUUAUGAUGUAUGUGGGUAUAUAUAGCGUGGCCUGGGGCUGCUACGUGCGAAAGAAUCACCGUGUAAUAUAUCACAGUUAUUCCUAAGUCUUAAACCUAAUAAAUGAAUUUUCAAUAAACACGUCAGCAUUGUUUGAGUCAAUAGGAUUUUCUUCUGUCAUCAUGAUGCCAUAACAAAUUUCUGAUAGCGCUGCCAGUUCAUAUUUUAGCCAUUUAAUUAAUAGUUUUUGAUCAGAACUCUGUUGGAUAUAAUUUGGAAUUGUUUACAGUUGAGAACCGUUUAUUUUACAGUUUAAAACAGUUUAUUCUAAGCUAGUACAAACUUGUAUUUUUUGUAUGGGUAUCCAUCUCUCCUUGUCACCCUUGUUCAAUGAAGCUGCGAAGUUUCCCUAAUGGAUAUAUUUUACAAUAAUAUU